AUGGGCAACCAGGAGGCUAAGCAAAAGAAAGCUGCAGCAACAUCAGGCAAUGGAAGCUACCCUUCUCUGGACGAGGGAUGGAGAGAGGGAGGAGGGGAAACGACAAAAAAGGGAGGCAAGAAACUCCACGGUAAGCAUGGAGGCAAAGGAGCAGGUAACAGCGGAGGAGGAGGGGGGAUGCAUGGCACCGGACCAGGCAAGAAGAAAAACAAAUCUGAGUCCAAGUCCUCUGUUUUCUCCAUCCGCAAGAGAAAGAGCAACUUGAAAGGGAAAGGAGACGUGUGCUCAUCAGUAACGGGCUCAAAGGAGGACGUGUUAGCAUCUCAACACGAUGAACUGGACAGCACAAAAACACCUGAUCUGUCUGCUGAUGAGCUCGGACAGUCGGAUACUGAGGCUGCUUUCCCCGAGAAGAAAAAGAAAGCGGAGCAAAAGAAAAAGGAUGGAGAUGGAGAUAGAGGGGGAGGAGAGCAGAAGCAGGAGAUGCAGCGGAAAGCAUCAACGGCAGCAACCUCUCCUGCAGAGGAUGGAGGGCAGAAGGGGGGGAGCUCGGGGUCGGACACAGAUAUUUACAGCUUCCACUCAGCGGCUGACCACGAGGAUUUGCUAGCUGACAUCCAGCAUGCUAUUAGGCUGCAGCACCAACAGCAGCAUGGGGGGCUUAACUCCAUUAUGGAGGCGCCGGGAGGAGGAGGAAAGGAUCUGAGCUUGGGAGGAGGAGAGGAGAGAAAACUGAGUAAUGGAGUUGUUAAAUUAAGUCCUCCAGAGGUGCUUGACCUGACCCCAGAAUUAGAGCUUGGGUCUGAUGCGCUGUCAUUCCUAGAGACGGGCACUCUGACCGGCUCUGUCAUACACACAGACCAGCCCCCAGGACUACACCUCCCUUUCCACACAGAGGUGCAUGAGAGGAGGGAGGAGAAGGAGGAGGAGGAGCGUCCGGAGCUAAACGGGAAGGGGCCGAGGGAGACAGAGAGAGAAGGCUCUCUUUGUGCUGCCGCAGGCACAAAAGACCAGCAUGCUCGGGUGCAGCAGCCCCCUCGCACAGACAUUACCAUGGCUACUGCUGAGGGGGCAGCUGUCAGCCCGGUCGCCAUGACAACCAGUGGUAACAGCUUCCCCGAUAUCCCACUUGACAGUGCCGGGAAACCUCCAGGGGAGGAGGAGGAAGCAGGGGAUGAAAACCAGCAGGAGGAGAAGAGGGUGCAAAGUGUGGUUGAGGAUUUGAGUCCUCCAACCGCAGACAGCAACAAUAAAAGUCCUGAACCCACAGAGGGGCUGAGCUCAGGGACCGUGUUUACAGAAGGUGAGGGUCAGCUGGGCUCCACUACCAGUGCAGAGUCCCUCGAAGACUGCCUGAGUGCCGGAUCUGAACCCAACCACUCUGCUGCUGCCAGCACCAGCACCAGUGCCUCCCCCUCCACCCAGCAGUGCAGGAGGAGCAGUGUGUGCUUCACCCCGCUGCCCCCCCAGGAGAGCCCCACAUUGGCCAAACGUCUCCUCAGGUCCAACCACUCCUCCUCCCCCUCCUCUAGCCCCGUGGUGAAACCUUACCCUCCCAUAUUCCCCUCCUACAUCAAGACCACCACCAGACAGCUGAGCUCGCCGGGACACUCCCCAGCCCUGUCCCCCUCUCACAGUCCUCUGUCCCCCCGCAGAGCCCACCAUCACCUCCACAGGACGACGGCUGAGGGUCAUCAUGUACGUAGACAGCGCUCUCGAAGCCUCGCUGGGCCUCUGAGUCGCUCUGCUGACUGGACGGAGGACCUGGAUAGGAGGCUGAGGAGCAGGGAGGAGGAUGUGGGCUCAGGGGAAUAUCUGAUGGGCUACAGAGGCGGAGGCAGCCAACCCACCUGUGCUACCAGAAGAUCCUCUUGUGGACAGAUUUCUACCUGUGGCUUUCCGGACGUCUUCACAGGUCGAACCCUCCUGGAGAAGUUGUUCCUGCAGCAGCAGCAGGAAGAGCCGGAGGAGGCUGAGAGGCUCUGCUCCAGGAUCUUAGCCAUGGGUCUCCUGCUGCCUUUCAUCGACUGCUUCAGAGAGCAGCUCGGAGGCAGCACUGCCCACAUAACCCCGACCCCAACAGCCAAGUUUGAACAUGACCAGCUGUAUACUUGGGCUGCUGUUAACCAACCGUCCCACUCCCUGGAUCCUCUAGAAGGGAAACUACCGGGGCAGCUCAAGGAGUCCUGGCCUCCAGCCAAGCUAGGCGGAGACAACAAGACUGGACUAAGAUCCACAGAGGCUGAGGACGAUCAAGAACUACAUGAAGCCAUCACAGAUAUGAAGCAACAACAGAAGGACAGCCAGGAUAGUCAGGAUGAAUGUGUCCUGAAAACAACAAAACUGAAGGAAAAACACGUCAAUGUCAUCCAACAACUGGAGCAAACCAUUGAAGACCUCAGGACUAAGAUUGCUGAGCUGGAGCGACAGCCCCCUCUGCUGGACAUGGACAGUAUGAAACCCACCACCACCACCACCACCACCACAGACAGGGAGUGUGGAGGAGAGGAGGGGCUGCUGAGGGUUGUGUGUGAUGCUCACCUGCAGACUGAAGCAGGUCUGCCCGGCUGCCUGGAGGCCAAGUCAGUGCAGACCUCGCCCAUGGACGACAGCUUUAGGUUCAAAGUGCCUUUUACUGAGCCGGGUGGAGUCAACGGCUUCCUGCAGCCUCCACCCGUACAGGAUGGCUUCCAGUGUUCAUGUCAGCAACAGCCUCCACCACCACCAGGAGGGUCAAUGCCACCUCCUCCACCACCUCCUCCUCUUCCUGCUGGCCUCGCUCCACCCCCACCUCCUCCUCCUCCUCCCCUCCCCGGUGGCCUCACUCCACCCCCACCACCCCCUCCUCCUCCACUCCCCGGUGGCCUCGCUCCACCCCCACCUCCUCCUCCUCCUCCUCUCCCUGGUGGCCUCGCUCCACCCCCUCCUCCUCCUCCUCCUCCUCCUCCUCUCCCUGGUGGCCUUGCUCCUCCUCCUCCUCCUCCCCCUCCUCCUCCAGUACCAGGAAUGGGAGGCCCACCGCCACCUCCACCACCUCCAGGCUGUGGGCCUCCACCUCCCCCUCCUCCACCAGGGGCGUUCGGCGUUCCUCCAGCUCUUCCAGGAGCUCUGGGCUCACUGCCUCCUCCUCUGCCGUUUGGGUUGUACGCUCUGGGUUUGACCCAGGAGAAGCCGGCUAGGAAGGCCGUGGUGGAGCCACCCAGACCCAUGAAACCUCUCUACUGGACCAGGAUCCAGCUGCACGCUAAAAAGGAGGUUUCUUCUUCGAUGGUGUGGGAGGCAAUAGAGGAGCCUGAUGUGGACUUUGAGGAAUUUGUGGAGUUGUUCUCUAAAACAGCUGUAAAGGAGAAGAAGCAGCCGCUCUCUGACACCAUCACCAAGUCCAAGGCCAAACAGGUUGUAAAGCUCCUAAACAACAAGCGCUCUCAGGCAGUAGGAAUCCUCAUGUCCUCGCUGCACCUCGACAUGAAAGAUAUCCAUCAUGCCGUUCUCAACUUGGACAACACAGUAGUCGACCUGGAGACCCUGCAGGCUCUGUAUGAAAAUAGGGCACAACAGGAAGAGCUGGACAAGAUUGAAAAGCACAUCAAGGUGUCUAAAGACAAAGAGAACGCUAAACCUCUGGACAAACCUGAGCAGUUCCUCCACCAGCUCUCCCUCAUCCCCAACUUCUCUGGCAGAGUCUUCUGCAUCCUCUUCCAGUCCAGCUUUACUGAGUGCAUGUCAUCCAUAGUUAGGAAACUGGACAUUUUGCAGAGGGUAUGCAAGGCUCUGCAGGAGGGUGAGACAGUGAAGCAGGUUCUGGGUCUGGUCCUGGCUUUUGGUAACUUCAUGAAUGGCGGCAAUCGAACCAGAGGUCAAGCUGACGGCUUCACCCUCGACAUCCUGCCCAAACUCAAAGAUGUCAAGAGCAGCGACAGUGGUAGAAGUCUCCUGUCGUACAUUGUUGCGUACUACCUCAGACACUUCGAUGAGGAUGCUGGAAGGGAGACGUGUGUGUAUCCUCUCCCUGAGCCUCACGACUUGUUCCAGGCUUCACAGAUGAAGUUUGAAGACUUCCAGAAAGACCUGAAUCGACUCAGGAAGGACCUGAGAGCAUGUACGUCAGAGGUGGAGAAGGUGUGCAAGGUUUCAGAUGAAGAUAACCUGCAGCCUUUCAAAGACAAGAUGGAGGAGUUUCUCUCAGAAGCUAAAGGUGAACUGGAGUCUCUGGAAGCUCAGCUCAGCAGCACUCACAAACUGUUCCUGGAGAUCAUAGUGUUCUUCGCAGUGAAGGCCAAAGCAGGAGAGAAGGAGGCUUCUCCCAACACACUUUUCUCCACCUGGCACGAGUUUUCCUCUGACUUCAAGGACCAAUGGAAGAAAGAGAACAAAGUCAUUCUCAAGGAAAGGUUAAAAGCAGCAGAGGAGUGUUUCCGACAGGCCAAGGAGAAAGCUUCCUACAGCGUCAAACCCAAACACGCCACUGGCAUCAAAGCCAAGCUUGGCAUGAAGAUCUGA